GGAGCAGCGUCUGGACUGACGGAGCAUGGUGAAGCACCAACCCUUGCAGGUCUAUGAGAGACAGCUCUGUUUGUCAUGUCUGACCGGGAUCUAUGGUUGCCGAUGGAAACGGUACCAGCGGUCACAUGAUGACACGACCAAGUGGGAGUGCAUAUGGUCCUUUAUCCUCUUUGGCACCUUCUGUCUUCUCCUUGUCUGGUUUUACUUCUGGUGGGAGGCACACAAUGACUACAGUGAGUUUAACUGGUUUUUAUACAACAGGUCAGGGGAGUGGAAUGAUGGGACUGCUCCCAUUCUGGCCGCCACUGCUGCAGGCUUCACUUAUAUUGCAUUUUUAAUGAUUUUAGCGCUGUGUCAUGUAGCAGUGGGGCAGCAGCUCAACUUACACUGGCUCCAUAAGAUUGGAGUGACUGCUGCCCUGCUGACUACUGUCAUUGGAAUAAUUUCUGUCAAUCAGAUGUGGGGAGAGGAGUGGGAUGUCAUCUCCAUCUCUCUUCAGGCUACUGGUCCUUUCCUACACAUCGGUGCCCUGGCUGCAGUCACUGCUCUGGCCUGGCUGGUCGCUGGAAUGGUGGCCCGAGCUGAGAGAACCAGGUUUCAGGUGGUGCUUCUCCUGGUUUAUCUGAGUGUCCUCUUGGUUCUCUAUUUGACCCCCCUGUCCAUCAGCUCCCCCUGCAUCAUGGACCAUAGGGACCUGAAAGACAGGCCCAAAGUCAUUGGUUACCAAGGCGCUCCCAUGCUGGCUCCAGAGAACACACUGCUGUCUUUCCAGAGGGCGGUGCAAAUGAGUGUUAGCGGUCUUGAAGCAGAUGUAGCGAUCAGCUUUGAUGGGGUACCCUUCCUGAUGCGAGACCCAAAUCUGAGGAGGACGACGGAUGUCAGGAAAGUCUUUCCGGAAAGGCAGUUUGACGACGCCUCGCUCUUCAACUGGACUGACCUGCGCUCCCUCAACGCUGGACAGUGGUUCCUUAAAGAUGACCCUUUCUGGACGGUGGAGUCCAUGUCGGCCCAGGAGCGGGGGCGUGUGGGCAAUCAGACCGUCUGCAGUCUGGAGCAGAUGCUCAGGAUGGCUGCCCGCUCCAACUGCUCCGCUCUCUUCACUGUGCGCCGACCACCCCCAGAACACCCUUACUAUCACAGCUGGGUCAACAUCACACUAGAGACCGUACUACGGUCAGAUAUACCCCAGAACCUGGUGAUGUGGACUCCAGACUGGGACAGGGACAUGGUUCGGCAGGAAGCGCCAGGUUUCCGGCAGACCUCUGUGGAGAAGCAGUCUCUGCAGUCUCUGCAACGCAAAGGCAUCACCCACCUCCUGCUGCGCUACAACCAGGCCAGCACUGGGGACAUCAGGUAUCUGUCGCUGAAUAACAUGAGUCUGACGCUGUACACAGUGAAUGAGCCGUGGCUCUACUCCCUGUUAUGGUGCAGUGGAGUGUCAUCUGUCUCCUCAGAGGCUCCUCAGAUCCUGAGGGAUGUGCUCUCACCCCUGUGGCUCAUGAGUCCAGAUGAGUACUGCCUGAUAUGGAUUGCCACAGAUCUCAUCUCCUUCGCAGUAGUGCUGGGGAUUUUUGUGUUCCAGAAGUGGAGGAUGAGUGGAAUGCGUAGCUAUAACCCAGAGCAGAUCAUGCUGAGUGCAGCCGUCAGGAGAUCCAGCCGUGACAUUAACAUCAUGAAGGAAAAGCUCAUCUUCUCCGAGGUGAGCAAUGGAGUGGGCAGCGCAGAGGAACUGUACAUGGAAAACGGCUUUGACUGCUACACCAAUCAGAGCAUCACUCACUGACCUGCACCUUCUCUACAGAUGCUAUUUAACACUAGCGAAGAACAAACCUUACCACAGCCACCCUAAGGAAACGAUGGACAUUUCUGCUUUGAUUUCUUUGGUUUUCUCCACCCAACCAAAUGUUUUGGUGUGGGCCUCUGAACUACUGAUUUUAAAAGGCUACUUAAAGACUGUACUUUUAUUUUAUUUUUUUUUUCUUUAACUGUUGUUAAGUAAAGAAAUUAAAGAAUGAGGCUAUCCCUCUGUAAACUUUUUUUGUCCCACCUCCCUCAAAUAUGUGGCCUCGUUCUUCAUUCUUAGUAUUUUAGUGGGGGUGGGAAGGGGGGGCACAUCUGGGGUUUGGGAAUGUCUCUACCAUUUGCUUUUUACCAAGAGCAUGCCUGUAAUUGUACGCUGGGUUUUAUCUGUCAUUUCCGGGAGGAGUUUUGAUUUUUGGUUCUCAUGCUGUCGUCAGGGAUUAGGCACACAAAGCAGUCUGUAUGCAUUCCUAAAGCUUCACUUCAGCUUAACAGCCACUGCCCUGUUAAUGAACUGUGAGAACAGACAAGAACCACAGCGUUUACAAACAAUUAGCUUUUUCCUGUGACUGUAUUUACAUUUUCAAAUUGCACCACGUGUCAUUUCAGUAUUUAACAAUAUUGUUUU